GCAGCCGCUCGUGCGAAUGAAGGAAUAACGCUGGCACGUUUCCUUCGUACAGUAUGGCUCGUUUUGUUCCAGUUGUAUUUGGUGUAUCCACGUUUGUUCGGCAGUUUUUCAGUAUAUCCAGAGGAACGACUUUCGAUAAAUAAUCGCCGGUAGCUAUGGAUGAGGAAUGGGAUGUAGACAAUAGCGAGGCGAAAUUUGACCUCGCGAUGAGAUCGAACAAGUGGGAAGGCGAAGACGAGGAGGAAGAAGUUAAGGAUAGCUGGGAAGAUGUCGAAGAGGAGAAGAAAGACAUAGAGAAACCAGCAGAAGUACCAAAAGCAAAGCCAAAACCUAAAAAGGCAUUGGCUGAAAGGAUCGAGGAACGUGAGAAAAAGGCAAGGGAAGAAGCUGAGAAGAAAGCUAAGGAAAAGGAGGAAGCUCUUACACCAGAAGAGAGGCGAACUGAGUUAUUAAGGCGCCAGAGGUUGCAGGAAGAGGCAGAUUUACGGCUGGCAAUGGAAACUUUUGGUAUAGCAGAAGAGACAGGUGAAUCAAUUGAUGCCAUGGCGCCUAGUACGAAAGAAGAAUUUGAUCAAUUUGGUGCAGCUCUUUCACAAAAAAUUAAUCAAUUUAGCAAACACGCAGACUUCCCAUACUUUGCAGAAGAACUUAUAAAGUUUAUUGCUCUUAAUUUAUCUUCAAGUUGUUUAAAGAAAGUGAAAACUACAAUUGACAAUUUGCUCAUUGAGAAGCAAAAAAUGGAGAAGUCCGACAAAGCGAAGAAAACUAAGGGAAAAGGAAAGGCGAAGCUCAAAAUUGAGGGAGAUAAUAACCUAUUGAGCGAGUACGGUGAUUACGUAUAUGGUGAAUAUGACGAUUUUAUGUAGCGACUUUCCACAUGUUCAUACAUUCUAGUCGCCUAAAAUACAUAUAAAAGAAGAUUAAUUUGCAAAUUUAUACAGAGAUUUUAUAUUUGCAAGAUAUACAACGGUUUAAGCUAUACUCCAUGAUAUCGUUUACGUAAUGUAACGAGAUCAAGAAAAUAGGAAUGAAAACUAGCAUGAUAAUAUCGACGAACAUGCUUAGAAAUGCACUUUUUAAUAAUUAUACAAUAACGUAGCAUUCAGAAGUUUUCUGCAGUUUCCCAGAACAGUUGGAUAUUUAAUAAUGUAUAUGUUGAGUUUGAUCGGAUUUUUAUCUACGUGUAUGUCACUAUUGAACUUUCAGCUUGAUAUUAAAACUUGUUUUUUUGCCCCGCAGCCAUCUUAAUUAAUGAUAUCAAAAGCAAGAAGAUAUAUAUACAAAAGUCUAAAAAACUUAUAAUGGCAUUUGUGCUAAUGAGCAAUUAUUAAUUAAUUUGUACAAUUAAUUUUAUGGCUAUUCAUUAAUUAUUAAAGCAAAAAUAUAGUUCGAUAUUUUACAAAUUUGCUUCCGAUGUCAUAAUCUAAAAUGGCUAUGGCGAGAAGUCAGGAUCUUUAAAGUCAGUGGCGUUUUUAAUAAAAUCUAAGAACAUGAAAAAUAUGAUGUUCUAAAUGAUGUUUAUGUAAUCCUCUGAUUUAUUGAUACAAUACUGUACUAUUAUUAAGAAUAGAAGAGGAUGAAAUAUUGCAUUAUAUAUUUUUGAUUUAAAUCGCAUCUCAAGUUAAAAUUGCAUCUGUUAAAAAACUUACAUGUCUUUAUAUAAGGGUCAUUGCAGAUUAAAUCGUGUAAUUACAUUGUGGAAGUUUUAUAUAACACAGCUUAUAUAUAUACACACAUACUUUUACUGAAGAUUGGUUACAAGUUGGUUUUGCAAAGAGUAUAUUCCUAAAUAAAGGUUGAUUAUAAAUUGCAA